AUGGCGACCCGGGCAAUGACGCCUGGAGGGGCGCUCCUCCGAGCGUCUCGAAUGUUCUCACUCCCUCCUGCAUUGAGCUCGUCCGCUGGCGACGUGGCUGCCGCCGCUUCUCGCAGCUCCGACACGGCCACGGCGCCCUAUCCCACAAUGCAAUCCGUCACCACUCCGCAGUCAUCGCGCGACCGUGGUGACUGGGGCUUCAAGAGGCCGCUGCCGUUGAAGUCCACCACCAAGACGACGACUCCCCUUAUCCGCGUCAAGAAGGUCGACUCGAUCGAGCACGUUACCGACUUUGCGUCAGCCGCAGACCACACCCUCUCCCUGGAGAAGUGGCAGGAGAUGUCUGUGCCCAUCACGAUGCCCGACAGCAAGAAGAGGAGCGACAGCCUGCGCAAUUUCGCCGUCCCUGGCGUCUCUGUCUUCGAGGAGAAGUUUGAUGUCACUGCUUUCGAGAGCGGCAUGGCGGCUCAGGCUGAGGAUAAGCGAUGGAAGUUCCGCGGUCCCUGGCUGGCUGGUGUCACCGAGGGCAACUUCCAGAAGUACCUCAGGAGGCAGGUCCGCAUAAAGCGCCCCGAGUUCAGGCAGUUCCUCAGGGAACGGCUGUCCGUGCAGCUUUCGCAAUCGGCUGCGACGGCCGCUCUCGAGGCUGGAAAGGAGGUGCCCUCGCCCAUCGCUGCCGAGGAUAUCACCGAUGCGCAGCUGACCGAGUAUCUGCGCACACUGCGAUCCGACCGCCCUACUCUGUACAAGAUGAUUGGAGAGUUUCUCGAUCUCGCCCCGGUCCCGCCGCCGUCUUCCUUCGCGCUCAGCAGCCUUGGUCCCAUGGCACCUCGCGACUCACGGCCAACAGGUCCUGUCAACCCCUACGCUGAGGAGGGACCCCCAGUUACCCAUCCUUCCGCCGGUCUGUCGUAUCUACGCACAGCCUCUUAUCUUGACAACCAUCCGAUCUACGGCCCCCAGAAGAGCCACCCACCGGUCAAGGCCCGCAUCAUCAUGCCCAGGACGCAACACAUGGGCAGCUUCUCGGCCAAGCUUGGUGUCGGAGGCUUCGUCGCCGAUGUACCGCAGGGCGACACUGCCUUCCAGCAGAGGAGCCUCCGCGGACGUCACGCGGACCGCAUUCCUGGCCUGAACGGCAUCGACCCUGCCAUUGAGGGCGGCGCCAAGACAUAUGUGCAGGCCGUCUCGGCCAAGGUCGACUCUCAGGGGCGCGUGCACCUGAAGGUCGGCGAGGCGAACCAAGAGGCCGAGCUGGUACAGAAGGAGCUCGUCGGCGAGGCCAAGGUGUUUGGCCAGACGUCCCAGGUCGCCGAGGAGCGCGCGUCUCACAGGCAGAUGCGCCCGCGCAGAAUGGGCGGUCCCACAGUCAUCAGCAGCUCCCAGUCCUAUGGUCUGAGGUGA